UUCAUUUUCUGAUUUUAUAUUUUGGACCACGAUGAGUUCCGUUGUCAACAAAUCAAAAAUACCGAUACCGCAGAAACUUAGAGAGGAUUACACAAAACCUGAAUUUUAUCGUAAAACACGACACCUCUCUAAUGUGGACAGUAAUUCCAGGUUUGAUAUAAGAACAAGUAGAUCUAGUAUAACUGGAGAGGAUGAAAUAAAACAGAAACCUAGAAAAAAUUCUGUUGUCGCUGAAGGUAAGAAAACAGCAGGAAGGAAAAACUCAGAACGUUGUGGAGGGAGGACUACAAUUAAUGAUGACAAGGAGAAUAUUGCAGCAAUAGAGAGCAACCUUAACCAGGAUGGAAAGGAGAUAGGAAGGCCCUUGACUGCAGCUGAGGUCAUUAAAGAAGUGAUAGACGAAGUGUUCCCUGAUGGGCAGGAUGAAGGUUUAAACGGGACUGAAGCUUCUGAAGAGGAAACUUACAAAUUACCAGAAGGGGUUGUCAAUAUUGAUAUUGAAGAUGGAUUGUAUGAAUAUGCUGCUGAAGUUAUAGCUUACCUGAAAGAGAGGGAGAAGGUCCAUGUGCUUCCAGUCAAUUUUUUGAAAGGUGGAUCAACUCAUUUCAGUGCAAGAGCCAUGCUGGUAGAUUGGUUGAUUCAGGUUCAACACCAUCUCCAGCUAUGUCAAGAAACCUUAUAUCUCACCAUUAUAAUGCUUGAUACAGUCUUGGCACAAAGAGAUAUCAAAAAUGACAAAUUGCAAUUGGUUGGAGUGACAUGUUUGCUACUUGCAAGUAAACUGGAGGAAUAUUAUCCUGCAGAUAUCAGUAAGCUGGUUCACUUGACUAACGACAGUUACACCAACACCCAGAUUGUCAGGAUGGAGCUCAUCAUCAUCGAUGUCCUGGAAUACAAGGUUAACUUCAAGGGACUGCAGACGUAGUUUUGAUUUCAUUCA